UCUCUCUCUUCUUCAUCACUCUCUUCUUAUUUUUUUUUUUUUUCCUUUUCUCCCAAGCAACGAUUUUAUCAAAGAAAACGGCACCGAAAAUAUCCUUUAUCAGCAUAGAAAUAGAAUAAAUAAAAAGGGGAAUUCAACUUUUUAUACUUCUGCAACUGAUAAGAAUAAAUCUCAAAACCCUAUAUGCUUUUGGCCGUUUGAUUCCCAACGUCGUCGUCUCAUCCUCGUUUUUUUUUUUCCUCCGUAGUAAAUAAAAGUCGUCAUCUUCUUCUGUUUCACUAAUCGCCGAGACGACGACGUUUCAGCGCCGAGAGAGAGCAUCAUCCCCGAUGAAGCGCUUUUUUGUUUACUACACAAGAAGUGUGGUUUAAGUUUGUCAGAGCAGCUGUUUAGUUUUUAGUCAAAAGAAUAGGAAAGAACUUGUCGAACUAACAACAUGUCUAUGGAGAACAGAGGCGUGUACAGUGAUCGUCUCUCCUCGCAGAAUUUGGUUAUGCAGUUUAAUCUCCAUGGAGUUAUUCCCCAGCUAUUUUUUCCGGAGGAACUAUACUGGAUUAAAGUAGUUAGCCCUGUCGAUUACAGUUUGUGAAUAUUAGAUAGUCUUUGUAGAUAAUGGAGUCAAAGAGAGUUAAAGUUGUUGAAAAUGGCCGUAGGAUUGGUGUUGACUUACAGAAAACAAAGGCACCUAAGUCUUCGGCUCAGGUAAUUAGAGCAACCAAGAAGAAGUUGUCAGCACGAUCUGACAGUAUUUCAUCCCUGAACAAAACAGGAAAGAGGAAAAGACAGGAUGGGCGCAAGACAAAUUGUCAGUUGCACUCAACAAAGUCUUUGCUGAAGAACUACUCAAACUUCAUCAAGAGUGGGCUGCCAGAGCGCUUUCUGCUUCACGAGAAUGGCGAGUGGACCGAUUUUCCUCAAGACACGGUGGACUUGGUCAGAACAGAGUUUCGAGUCAAGAAUCCUGCAAUUGAGAUGAAGUUCCAUGGUGAACCUGUGAUCCUAGAUAUCUUAUACAUGGUCCAGGUUGAGCUGACAACUGGUUCACAGAAACCUAUAGCUUGGAUUGAUGAAGAAGGUAGAUGCUUCUUUCCUGAAUUAUAUGGGCAUGGACACUGCCAAACUGAGGCAGAUAGAGAUGAAGCUUUUGUUGGUAAUGACCUAAAUGGAUCUCAAGAAAUCAAGCUACAUUUGGAGAUAGAUGUAAAUGGACUUAAUAGUGGUGAUUUGGAGGAGGUAGAAGAAUCCAACAUUGGGGUCAAGAAGAUGAGGAUGGAGCAAGAAUCUGUUAAAAAUCCUAGACAGUUAGAUGAUGAAGGCAAGCAGGAUGCUUACUCAGAUGCUAAAUUGAAUCAUACUGUUGGGGAUAAUAAUCGUAUUGGUGGAGAUUUCAUGGAAGCUUCAUCCAAAAUUGUUGAUGCAGGAACUAUUAGAAAUAUGUUCCAGAAGGCAACAAAGCCAUUCUUCAAAGUGAGCAUAUCUGGAAUCAAUAAAUGUUCUAGUAGCUUACUGCAGACUCGGUUGGACCUUUUUGAGAAGCAGCUUGAAAUUAUCAAAAAGGUUCGUGGGAAUGCCAAUGUCCAGUAUGCUUGGCUUCCUUGUAGUAAAGAUGCAGUGUUUAGCAUUAUGACAUAUGGGCUUGGGCAUGGGUUGCCUGAACCGAGGAUCAAAUAUGGUAUUGGAGUACACCUCAGCAGUGUAAAUUGUGCAUAUUCCAGUGUGAGUAAUUGCGAUGUUGACGAAAAUAGAGAGCGAUAUGUGGUACUUUGUCGUGUCAUAUUGGGAAGUAUCGAACUUCUCCAACCUGGAUCCCAACAGUGUCAUCCAAGUAGCGAAAAGUUCGACACUGGAGUUGAUAAUUUGGAGAGCCCAAGUCAAUAUAUUGUCUGGAAUAUGAAUGUGAACACUCAUAUCUACCCAGAAUAUGUUGUCAGUUUCACGGUGCCCACAGAUACUGAAGGUGGUAUCAUACUCGGAGCUGAGGUUGCUGAAGAGAACCGACUUGAUUUGUCUGGAGUUACUAGUCAGGAGCCUCAGGGGAAAUUGCAGCUGGGUCAAGCUGCUGUUCAGCGGGGAAGAGAAUGUCUGCUUAGCCGAAGCUCUCAGGCUGAAGCUGCUACUAUUGGGUUGAGCAGCUCCAAGGCUCCUAAAUCUCCUUGGAUGCGUUUUGCUGUCUUAUUUGAAGCUAUAUCAGAUAAAAUUACUCCUACAGAAAUGCACUCAGUGCAUACAUAUUAUGAAAUGUUUAGGCAAAAGAAAAUCAGCCGGGAUGAUUUCAUAAUCAAGCUGAGGUUGAUAGUGGGUGAUCAGUUGUUGAAGUCCACAAUUACCAGUCUCCAGUGCAAGCUGCCACCCAAUUCCGCAUGCCCAUUGGAAGCUCAAUAACGGACGACAUUGAAGUUCUAUGCAACUAUCCGGUGCUUCAGCUUCCUCGUACCGAUCUUCAAGUUGUUAGCUGUUAAAUAAAUGAUUAUUGAAGUGAUGACUAUUGUGUCUUAGUAAUAGUUGGAAACCUGCCCCUUGUUCUUUCUCCGCUGUUAAUGUAGGUUAAGUUUUGUUAGUUGUCUGUCAUACAGCUUUUAAAGUCAACGGCCUGCUUGUGUAAUUUGGUCUGCUUGUUGUGAGUUAUCAAAGCAAGGCGAUGUUGAAGAAAGACGUUUUUGUGAAUUCAGUAUUUGGCCCUUUGCUUGAAUGGCUUACAACUUUGCUCUAAAGCAAUUGAAGAGUAACCAUAGCAGUAUUGAGUUUUUCUUAA